AGCCAAAGUCCUUGUCAAAGCUCUGUCAGCUCAUUGAACCAAUCACCGGGAGUUGCAACAGGAAGUACUCAACCGAUGAAGACUUUUGGACUAUACUGACUUGAAUCACAAGAGGGCAGCAGACAAUUUAAUAAUCAUUGAUCGGAGAAAAGUUAGGAAAUUUAUAGAUUUAGCCGACAAACCCAGAUAACCAGGGGAAUUCCAGCUUCCACCUCCACCAAUAAAGAAAGCAAUUAUUACCAACUGUGCAUAGUUCAUGCAUAGACUUGUCCUGGGAAUUCCAAUCUCUGGAAUGUGAUGGUUUAUCAAGCAUAGCAAACAAAAGCUUGAUUGAAUGGUAAUUACUCAGCUGCUUUAGUGGCAGUGAAACCACACCCCCUGAAUCCCUAUAUUUGUGAUCAGACAACUGCUUGGUGCGAUUAACACUGAAAAUUGGAGGGUUACGAAGAUAGCUGAUUCUUCGCUUGGAUCAAUUUUCAGCACACCAGUGCAAAUGAGUGGUCCCACACGGCAGGUCAAAAUCAUAAUGGAUGAAUCGCAGCGGGGAAAGAACUCAUCCAGCAAGGCAGAGGACUUUUACAACUUCUUCCGCAGUAGGAACAACAAUGAGAUCCGGGCUAAUCUGGGCCUCAUCGCCUCCAAUCCGGACCUGGACAAGCAGGACCUGGCCCUGCUCGUGCUGAUGCUGAAGAAUAUUUCUCAACCGUACGUGAGGCGGCUGAUUCGCGAGACGACGUGUUCACAGAUGCUUCAGAAGAUGCUGGACACGGUAACGAAAAACGAGAGCAAGCGAGGGAUGAUGCCAUGCCCCAACGACGUUGAGGAGAUUGAAAAGAUCAUCUUUGGACCUCCUCUCAGCCCAGAUGUUCCAUGAAACUCCUUUUGAUACAUUUAUGAACAUUGCAGGCACUGCGCACUUGCUUACUCCGAAUAUACAUGUAUAUGAACUUGGACCUUACAAGACUAGGCAAGAUGAUUAUGUAUGUGCCUUCACUAUCCUAGCUCUGUGCUUUAAAAUGUUUUCUUUUAUUGUUAUUUGGACAAAAAGAGUAAAAUUAAGCGAACAGAUAGCUGAAGAUUUUAUUUUUUAAAAUAGGAUAAAAUAUAACAUGUACACUGUAAUGCAGAACUGCCAACCUCUGUCAACCAAAAAACAUAUCCAUAAUUAAAAUCAUAUUUUGAAGAAAAAAAAACAUUUUGGUACAAAAAUUGAUAAAUUACACAUAUGAAGCAUGGUAAUCAAAUUUAACAAAAACAUUUUGCAAUAAAAACUCAUAUUUUGUCACUUUGAUUAUGAAAAAAAACAUGCUAAUAUCGUUAAAAACACAUUAGUUGGCAGCUUUGUAUAAUGUAGUGGCAGUUUUGAUUUUUGCGUUACAUGUAUAUUGUUUAACAAAUUCUACACGUCUGUAUAAGCAACCUGAUGUGGUCAUCUCCCAUUUCUAUUUCAUUCAGUCAAUUAAGUACUGUAAUUAUUCCAAAUUGUGGUUCAAAAAAGUACAAAUAGGAAUAACUACCGAAUCAAAGUGUAUUGAAGAUCACCAUUGCUCAGACGUACUCUGUAACAAGGGGAUAGUUUCCCAAAACUAAGAUUUUAUAUAAUAUCUAAUUUUGAAAAAAGGGACAUGACAUAAAGUAAUUGCAUAUUCAUGAUAAGCCAUAGAAGUGAAUCUCUAAUAUAGUGCAAGACUUUACAAUUUGAUAACUGUUAGUUUUCAUCAAGUUUGAUACAAUUUUCCAUGUUGUGUUUGUGUAUAGAAUACUAUUCAUUCAAUUUAUAUCAUUUUUAGCCCGAAGUAAAUGUAUAUACGUGUACAACCCUUCAAAUUUUAUGAUGACAUAAAUUAAAGAUACGAGAAACAAUUACUUUCCAAAUAUCAAAUGCCAACAUUUCUCUAAGGUUCAGAAUGGCCUCACCUAGUAUAAAACAGAAAUAUGCAGUUUUACUAUAACAUUACAUGUAUUUAUCAUUUCCGUAAAAAUUGUCUCUCAAUUUUGAAUAUUAUUAUGGAGUGUAUUCUGGAUAACUGCUAGAAAUUUGGUGGAAUAGAAAAAUUAUCCAAUCAAAUUAAAGAGUUUUUCUAUAAACCUAAGAUCAAAUGACAAUAAAGUUAUCCACAUCAAAAUAUGUCAAACAAUGCUGGCAAGUGAGUGUUCCUAGUCAUUGCUCCAAGAGCAUGGAACAAUCUCCCCAACUAUAUAAAAAAAAACAGUCUCAAUGUAUUCGAGAAAAUUCUAAAAACACAUUGUUUCCAUUAGCGUCUGCUAGCCAGCAUUGGACAUUCAAUGUUCUGUAAUUUUUCCUUUUGCAUUUUAUAGGUUUGUUUUAUUCUAAAUAUAUUGCACUUUGUACCUUCAUAAGAAAAGUCAAAAAUAGAAAUAUUAUUACUAUUAUUAUUUUUUGGAAAUGCUCAUCUUUCGCCUACAGGUACUACAUGUAUGUUUGUAGACCUUAAGCAAACAGUGUCUAGUCACAAAUGAAUUAUCAGAACAGCAAACAGUUGACUCCAACAAAGGUCAGAUAAGGGGACCUUGUUUAUUUAUAAUUGGGAAACUUGGGAUCAAAUUUUGUGAGACUAAUGAUCAAGAGCUUAUUAAAUUUAAAACGGUAAGAUGGAAAUUUGUCAGAUAUUGCAUGUAUAGAUGAAUAGUCUCCAAACAUCGGAUCCAUCUUAACUCUAUGGAAAUCGAUCAGUGUCAUAAAUUUUUCCUCAGAAAAUUUGCAUAAUGUCCUGUGUAAACAAAGAGAUGCAUA